UGCAGCAAAAAAGAGAUAGUUUGAUAGAGAGCGCGAGGGAGUAGCACGACAGCAGGUCCUCUGUGAGACAGCAGCAGAGAGAAAGACUCAUGACCCGGCAUGAGGAGCCCGUCCUUCCACUGACAUGGAGAAGUACGAGAAGGUGAAGAAAAUUGGGGAAGGUUCAUUUGGAAAGGCCAUCCUUGUCAAAUCCAAAGAGGAUGGACACCAAUAUGUCAUUAAGGAGAUCGGCAUAUCUGCAAUGUCGAGUAAAGAGACGCAGGAAUCUCGGAAGGAGGUCGCUGUUCUCGCCAACAUGAGUCACCCCAACAUCGUGCAGUACAAGGAGUCCUUUGAAGAGGGCGGCUGCCUCUACAUUGUGAUGGAUUACUGCGAGGGCGGAGACCUCUUCAAGAAGAUCAACUCUCAGAAAGGAGUUCUGUUCUCAGAAGAGCAAAUCAUGGAUUGGUUCGUGCAGAUCUGCCUGGCACUGAAACAUGUGCACGAUCAGAAGAUCCUCCACAGGGACAUCAAGUCGCAGAACAUCUUUCUGACUAAAGACGGGACCGUGCAGCUCGGAGACUUUGGAAUUGCUCGAGUGCUGAACAGCACCGUAGAACUGGCCAGAACAUGUAUCGGCACACCGUAUUACCUGUCCCCAGAGAUCUGCGAAAACAAACCGUACAACAACAAAAGUGAUAUUUGGGCCCUGGGGUGUGUCCUGUAUGAAAUGUGCACUCUUAAGCAUGCAUUUGAGGCUGGCAACAUGAAAAACCUCGUUCUGAAGAUCAUCCGCGGCUCGUACCCCCCCGUGUCUGUCCACUACUCCCAGGAGCUGCGCUCCCUCCUGGGCCUGCUGUUCAAACGCAGCCCGAGAGAGAGACCGUCAGUCAGCAGCAUCCUGGACAAACCUUUCCUCACCUGCAGGAUCGAGAGGUUCCUCACACCACAGAUCAUUGCUCAGGAAUUUCGCCAUAACUUUCUUCACAAGCAGCCUAAAGUGUGUAUGGCGCAGGGACCAGCAGCAAAGCGUCCGACACCUGGCUCCAUCCCGCUCGCCCCCGCUCACAGGAUUACUAAACCAGCCAGCAAAUACGGAGUGCCUUUAACCGCGAGGAGGCCGCCGGACGCUGUGAGGAAACCUGCCGAGAGGAGACCGGCUGUGAAGCCUAGAGCGGCCCCCCCCCCAGCAGCCCCCCACAGAAGAGUGAGUCAAGUGGAGGAAGAGAGGAGAAAACAUGAGGACGGCAUGAGGAAGAAGAGGAUGGAGCUGAUAGAGAAGGAACGGAAACAGAGAGAGCAGGUGUUCCUGUUUAAAGCAGAGCAGAUGAAGAGAUAUGAAAAGGAAAAGAUCAACCGCAUCAACCAGGCGCGAGAACAAGGCUGGAAGCACGUGUUGAGUUCCAGUGGAGGCAGCAGCCCGGAGAGGAAGUGUUUUGUAGGAGGGGGGAACAGGGCCGUCCCGUGCUCUGCUCAGGGUCCCACUGCAGCUCAACUCUACAGUAAAACCCCGUAUGAACAUUACCACGCUGCUCUGGACCUAAUGUCCAAACCUCAGGCGAGAGGGAGCAGCAGAGAGGGAUUCCCCGCAGCCCCGGGCAGCCCGGCUCGUGUGCCGGUGGCGGCCGGCCCCGUGAUGCCCAACGUCUCCGCACGACUCCUGAACCCCGACGCAAUCCAGAGAGAACUGCUGCGGCUGCAGUACGUUUCCAAACCUGCACAUGUGAGCAGGCCGCGUGGUCACAUGGCUGCAGGACGAGCCUAUCAGGUGGAGGAGUUCUUACAGCGGAAGAGAGAAGCCAUGCUCAACAAGGUCCGAGCUGAGGGACAGCUGGGAACUCGGCAAAGCCUGGCAGCGACGUACGGAAGCCGGGCCGGUUCUAUCCGGUGCUGGAGACCCAGAGCCAACAGAGAGGAGGAGGAGUAUUUGUUGAGACUGAGGCAGAUCCGCCUGCAGAACUUCAACGAGCGUCAGCAGAUCAAAGCCAGACUGCGAGGAGAGAAGUGCGACAGCGACGGUUCUGACAGCCAGGAGUCCAGCGAGGAAGCGGAGCUCAGGAGAAGGAAGAUCGAGGCUUUAAAAGCUCAAGCACACGCCCGUGCUGCUGUGCUGAGAGAGCAACUGGAGAAGAAGAGAGUUGACGCUCUUGAGCGGGAAAAGAGAUCUUGGGAGGAACAUCUGGCAGCUCGGGGGGUGAAGGUCGGCGUCACGGCGGCAGGAGACACAGCGGUGGAGGAGGUUCCCUCUGACGCUCCGCAGCUCAGUCCUUCUCAGCCAGACGCAGCUGCUCAACUUAUAUCCAUGACCGCCGCCCUGCAGAAUGUCGGAGCAAUUACUCCACUGAAGGAGAAAUUGUCUCAGCCGGAGACGGCUGCGGUCGUCCAGAGUGAGAAAAAGCAGAUUCUGCGCAGACUUAACCAGAACCUCAAAGCCCAGAGUCCGGAGGAGGAGGUGGAGGGUUCUCCUCCUGCCCCCCAACAGAACCAGCCUGACACAGAGGAACGCCCCGCUGCCGACGGAGACCGCAAGAAGUGGGAAGCAGCAGAGCUGCCCGUCCUGCCGGCUCAGCAGACCUUGGAGGAAACCUGCAUCACAGCCAUGUCUCCUGAAGAGAGACCGUCCUCCGGUGCAGACAGGAAGAAGUGGGAGGCAGGAGUUCCCUUUGUUCUCUCUGUGGCCCAACACACUCUGGAGGAGACGGGCAUCAGGACCAUCGAGCAAACCGUGGGGGAAGUUAUACAGAUAUGUGGGCUGCAUGAGGAAGGUCCCAGGAAGGUUUGGAGAGCGAGUCCAGACUCUCAGGUGCUCAGAGUCCUGCAGGAGGCCGAGCUGCAGCCUCUCACCCAGCAGCUGGAGAACAGCGUCUGUGAGGAUCCCAGUCCUGAUGAGCCUCACCGGGCAGCAGUGGAGAUGAAGACGCCUGAAGAAGAAGUGCUGUCCUCGAAGACGCCGGCUGAGCUUCAGAGUGCAGCCGGCGCAGAGCGAGCCGACCUCACUGAGACUCAGGAUCCAGCAGACAUGGAGUUCUUGGUUUUGGAGGAGACGUCUAACCCGACAUCACGUCCCCGAGUUGCUGCGCUGCAGGCCUGGCAGCAGGAAGCCCAGCAGCCAAUGCCAGCAGAGGACGCAGUGAGACCAGCAGACGCUGAGGAAGCUGAGCAGAGAGCAGAGAAACAUGUUGGAGCUUCUGGUUCUGCAGGUUCUGCACAGAGCGAGGAGCCGCUGUUUGUGAAGUUGUGUUCCCCGGCUCACCGACGCACCGCAGCCCUCGCUCUGCUCUCCGCUCAGUCCUCCAUGGAUGAAUCGUCCUCUUCUCUGGCCUCCCGCUCACGCUCCGUCUCUCCUCUGCGCUCCAAACACCACGACGCGCUGCUCAUCAGUCUCUCGACGGGCAUGUUCGACGCCAACAACCCCAAGAUGCUGCGGACGUGUUCUCUCCCCGACCUCAGCCGUCUCUUCAGCCCCCAGCAGGACUCUGCAGGGACGAGCGACGCGAACGCUGCCGCCGACAACAACCUGGAGAUCGAGGACCUGGAGGAGGAGGAGGCGGCGGCGGCGAAGGGCGACGACCAGUCGGAGACCGAAGAUGCAUACGAGGAUGAAGACCUGCGGGACAUCCGGGCCUCCAUGGAGAGACUUCUGCAGGAGGAAGUCGGCGCAGGAGACUUUAAUGGAAACCCUCCAGAAGAAGUUCUGUUCGACAGGAUCGACCACGACAACAAUCAGAUGGCUGUAGAUGAUGACGAGGAGGAUGAAGAGGAGGAGGAUGAGGAGGACGAAGGCGACGAGGAGGAGGACGAGGAAUGCUCUAACGGGAGUCCUGAAGAAGCAGGAGAGCUGCUCACUAACGGUGGGGGGGACGGGAACCUCAGUAACACCAGCGAGCUCAACGAGGAGUGGCAUUCAGACGGCAGUGGAGAGGAGCCGGGCGGAGAAGCUGCGCAUCACGACAGCAUCUUCAGCCGACUGGAGGAACUUCGCUUCAACCUGGAGCAGCAGAUGGGCUUCGAGAAGUUCAUCGAGGCCUACAACAAGAUUAAGGUACACAUUUGCACAACUGGACUCAUCGUGACCCCGCCCCCCAGCAGUCCUGUUACCACGGCAACAGUCUUCACUUUUCCCUCGGAGACGAGCUACACGUCUGUCUCUGUGGAUGCUCUCCCACCGCCCCCUCCCCCCCCCCCACAGUCCUCCGUUGAUGGAGCUGCGUACUCAUUGGCUGCCGGGCAGAGACCCUCCCCCAGCAUCAGCGACCAAAGUGGGAGACAAAGACCCACAGUCUACGUGGCCAUGUUCCCGUACUCCCCCCGUAAGGAGGACGAGCUGGAGCUGAGGAAGGGCGAGAUGUUUCUGGUGCUGGAGCGCUGCCAGGACGGCUGGUUCAAGGGCACCUCCAUGCACACCGGCAAGAUCGGAGUCUUCCCCGGGAACUACAUGAGCCCCGUCAACAGGACGGCGUCGGGGAGCACGCAGCCCAAAGUGCCGAUGAGUCUGUGCCCUCCGGCUGGCCGAGGCGUCACCAUCGUGAGCCCCUCGUCUGUCCCUGGUCCGGACUUCAAAGCCCUCGCCCUGUGCUCCGGUGCUCUGCCUGUGAACGGGCCUCCUGCAGCUGUAACUGCCGCUCAGACGGCGACGGGCCAGCAGCCCAAAGUCGCUCUGCACGUCAGCUCGCAGAUGACCGUGAACCAGGCCCGCAACGCUGUCCGGACGGCCGCCUGUCACGGUCAGGACCGGCCCACCGCCGCGGUGACUCCCAUCCAGUCAGCUGGGACUUACCUGCCCCACCUCACUGUGUGCCCGCAGCCUUCCUCCAGCCCCGCCCAGUGCUGCACCCGGGCGGGGGUGGCCAUGGGCUGUGCCGCUGCGUCUCUGACCCCCCCCAACGUCAGCGCUGCAUCCCUGGAGGGGGACGGCCUGAGACCCCUGGUCCUUACCAUGCCCGGCUCUGGGAGCCAACAGCCCAACAGCUCAGCUCUCGCCUGCAGGCUGGACAAGGACGUGAAGAGGGAAAAAAAAAGUCUCCUGAAGCUGCUCUCCUCCAAUAAGAAGAAGUCUCGUCCGUCGCCGCCCUCGUCUCCCACCCUCGAGGCGGAACAAGCCGCAGGUGAUGUGACGCACGGCGCCGCCGGCCCCGACACCUCCCCCCCCUCCGGCUCCGUCGGCAGCCUGGAGUCCGACCCUGCCGCCGCUGUCCCGGAGCCGUCCCACCGGAAAAGCGGCCCGCUGGACGGAUGUGCGCCGAUCGCUCCUCCUCCUCGCCAGCCGUGCUCCUCGCUCGUAUCUCAGCAUGACGCGCGGCCCAUCAUCUGUGAGAGGUACAGGGUGGUGGUGUCGUAUCCUCCGCAGAGCGAGGCGGAGCUGGAGCUGAAGGAGGGCGACAUCGUGUUUGUGCACAGGAAGCGUGAGGACGGCUGGUUCAAAGGCACGCUGCAGAGGAACGGCAGGACCGGCCUGUUCCCCGGCAGCUUCGUGGACCUCAUCUAACGCUCGCAGGGGAGCGAGGCUGCAGAGGAGAACAGGGCAGCGGACAGAGCUUCUCCCUUCGUCGGUUAUUUAUAUCUUUGUAACAUUCAGCUGUUUAAUGUGUGCCUUGUACUGUCGCUCACUUUAUUGUACAUAAGGACACAAAGAUUAGUCCUAAAACAACCCGUAUGAGCUGCAUACAGAUGAACUCUUUAACUUAUUCCACACAGAACAUGUUCUGGUGCAGCACAGGAAGGAAACACCACCUUUAUCUGCCCCCCCUGUUCCUCUCUCUCCUGCCUCCACGCUGAACACACAGAAACCAUGUCUCCUGUUAAACUUCAUCAAGACUUCAGUUCUGAUUCUUCGGUCACUGGAGGCAGGAGAGAGAGGGGGGGGGGCUGAUGUACAGAGGGUCCGGUAAAGGUGAACUUUCCUUUACACCGUCAGAACAUCCCCCCCAACCUGCACUCGUGCUGCAGGACUUCUUAUUAAACACUCCAAGUUUCAGAUUGUUGCUUUACUUUGAACUUCCUUUGUAUUUCCUGAGCAGCGUGUUCUUAGCGCUUCUCUGCUAACACGUAGCUUCUCUGCUAACACGUAGCGUCUCUGCUAACACGUAGCGUCUCUGCUCACGCGUAGCGUCUCUGCUAACGCGUAGCUUCUCUGCUAACGCGUAGCGUCUCUGCUAACGCGUAGCUUCUCUGCUAACGCGUAGCGUCUCUGCUAACGCGUAGCUUCUCUGCUAACGCGUAGCGUCUCUGCUAACACGUAGCGUCUCUGCUAACACGUAGCGUCUCUGCUAACGCGUAGCUUCUCUGCUAACACGUAGCGUCUCUGCUAGCACGUAGCGUCUCUGCUAACACGUAGCUUCUCUGCUAACAUGUAGCUUCUCUGCUAACACGUAGCGUCUCUGCUAACAUGUAGCUUCUCUGCUAACAUGUAGCUUCUCUGCUAACACGUAGCGUCUCUGCUAACAUGUAGCUUCUCUGCUAACACUGGAGCUGCAACAGCAAAAUAAUCUCAAACUGUUCUGAUAAUGUUAAAGUUUCCGCCUCACAUCUGAUCUGCUGCUUUUCUCUGAUAUUAAACAGAACGAGACAUUUAAAGACAAACUUUGGACUUUCAAACACGUAAUCUAUAAAUCUAUAAACUAAUGUUUAUCAUUCCCUUCACCAGAACUCUUUCCUAACGUUGUCCUGAAGUAACGCAUCGCUCCACAGGAAGUUACUGAAUCACUUCUGCUUUCUUUUUAUUGUUGUACGUCUCUACGAAGGGUUAAUGUUGAGUAUUGACUUGAAUUGCUGUCACUUCUGUGAUUGGAGGGAUUCGCUCGUAGUUUUGGUGCUUGUUGAACAUUUUAAACAGUUUUGGUACUUUUGGGGAAAGAAGAUCGAAUAAUUCCUCUUCUGAUUUCACUGAACUCCUUUGGGAAAAGGAUUAGAGGUGUUGAACAUUAGUGGACCCCACAUGUAAUAUAAUGUGACUCAUUCCUCUGUAAACUGCAGUGAAGCUUCGAGGACUUCCUGACUGAUGGACGUGGUGUUUAGUGUUUGUUCGGGGACCACUGUGUAACUGACUGCUGGAAUAUGUUGUGGGAGAGGAUGGUACGAAUCACUGUUGGGCCUUUUGUUCUGUCUCACCUGGUACUUCUGUAGAAGGAAUCUGAUGUUGGCGUCGCCACACGACCUCAGGCUCUCUGCUCAGUGUCUUCAUUUCACUGUAAGCCUUUAAUAUCCACAUUAAUGCACAUUAAUGCACUAUCAUAAUAACAUGUAGUGAACUGAUCCUCAUGCUUCGGCUGCACAAACAAGAACAUUUCACUUAAUAAACUAUAUUUUCAUUUAUUGGAACACAAGGAUUCAACUGAACCGUUUUCCUAAUGCCGAGGUGACUUACUUGAUUUUUAUUUUUUCUGUCUGUAGUUUGUUGUAUGUCUGAAAAUGGUGAAACUGAAAUCAACAUAUUUGGCACAAAUCUAUUAUGUGAAAGAUAUUUGAGGGAAUAGCACAUUUUGUAAAAAAAAAAAAUCUAUAACAAUAAAAGCUAAUGGUUUCCAUAA